GCGUAAACAGCUCUUUCUGACAGGCAGCACCACCAGAAAAAGACCCCCAACAUCCUUAACAUUGACGUCUUCUUGCUAGCUUCUUUAUUUGGUGACAGAACGCUUUAAGACUCUCUGGAGGAUGGUAGCAGUGUACCAGCGCCCCCUUGUGGCGAUGGCUUGUAUGCUACUGUGGCAUGCAGCAGGUGUCCUGUGCAUGCCGGACCCCAAGACCAGAGAGGCUCUCAUACAACAGGAGGCCUCCCAGCAGACCGGGGGACAAAUGGUGCUGACGGACUCGGAGAAGCUUCUAGAUGCCCGGUUGUCUAAAAUGAAACAAGAGGAGAUGGCGAGGACCAAUUUCCCUCCAUCCAUGCACUUCUUUCAGGCUAGACACUUAAUUCGAAGAAGCCCCAUAUUCAGCCUGCUGCAGAAAAUGCCCAAAGGAGGAGCUCUGCACGUCCACGACCUUGGCAUGGGGGAUCCGGAGUGGCUGGUAAAGAACGUGACGUAUCGGCCCAAGUGUUACAUGUGUGUCACUGACGAACGCUCGGUCAGGUUCAUCUUCUCAUCGGGGCAGCCUAAACCAACACCGAAGUGUUCUUCGUGGAUGCUGCUGGAAAAUCUCAGGAACAAACUGAGCAACGUCACAGAUCUGGACAACAGCAUCCUGGCCAACCUGACACUCUUCACCAAUGGCAAUCCUGCGGCUUUGUACCCCAACCAGGAUGUGGUUUGGAAGAAAUUUGAGCUAGCCUUUAUGGCGGCGACAGGUUUGAUCACGUACGCUCCUGUCUUCAGAGACUAUUACUACCACGGCCUCAAACAGUUCCACAUGGACAAUGUCAUGUACGUGGAGCUGCGCGCUCUGCUGCCGCAGACAUACGAGCUGGAUGGCAGCACACACGACUCAGCGUGGGCCCUGAAAACCUACCGAGACGUCACCAGGGAGUUCAUAGCAGAUCACCCGGACUUCUUUGGAAGCAGAUUCAUCUUUGUCGUUCACAGGGGAAUGAAUGAAUCUGCAGUGAGGGGAGUGGUAGAGGUGGCCAUGAAGCUACAGAAUGACUUCCCAGAUGUAAUGGCUGGCUUUGACUUGGUAGGUCGCGAGGAUAAAGGAAAGCCACUUUGGUAUUUCCGAGAGGCUUUGUCAUUGCCAGCAGAGAGGGGUGUGACACUUCCCUACUUUUUCCACGCUGGAGAGACAAACCUGGAGGGCACUGACGUGGACCAGAACUUGCUGGAUGCUCUUUUGUUUAACACAUCACGAAUCGGCCACGGGUUUGCUCUGACUCGCCACCCUUUGGCCCGAGAUUUAUCCAUGAAGAGAGGCGUGGCUGUGGAAGUGUGUCCCAUUUCCAACCAGGUGUUGAAGCUAGUAGAAGACCUGCGAAACCACCCUGCUGCUGUGCUGAUGUCCCAGAACCACCCGAUGGUCAUAAGUUCUGACGAUCCGGCAAUGUUGGGUUCUUCCGGCCUUUCCUACGACUUCUACGAGGCUUUCGUGGGCUUCGGCGGGAAAAGGUCCCAUGUGGGCACCCUCAAGCAACUGGCCAUCAACUCUAUUCUGUACAGCUCGUUGAGCCCUGAGCUGCAGAACAAAGCUCUGGAUGUGUGGCAGAGGAAAUGGGACAAGUUUGUGUCGGAAAAUGCUUUUCAGAAACAACGCUGUGGUUAUAGCAAUUUUUUUUCACAUCUCCCGCAGUGCUUUCUCUAAGGAAGCGUUCUAAUUCGGAAUUGUGUGUUUCUAGCUUAGGUUGCGAGAAGUCCCGGGUUCAAUUCCUUGACGAGCCCUCAAUAAAUAUGUUACGACCCAAGAGAACAUAACAUAUUUAAUGAGAACACAAAAAUCAAGUCAUAGGAGUUUAUUAAUGAAUAAAGUAAAAGAAGACAAGAAACUAGGGAUACUCCAAUCAAGGUUUCAUGCUGCCGAUACGAUCAUUCAUGAGUGAGAUCGGCACAUACUGAUCACAUGGAUUGACUGUACAUUUUUCAAUUUAUUUAUGAUGACUGCUAUUGGCCAAGGUCGCCAUUAGACAAUUCCGAGGGCCCCUGGCAAAUAGAUGUUAAACAACACACAGUGUUUGGAGGUCAAGACAUAAUUAGUAUGACAACAAAAGACACUUGAAAAAGUUAGUACGUACCCAAUGGACGUAACAUCCACUUCCCCGUGGGACAAAGCGAGUCCCAAACUAACCGCAUUACUUAUUUGUUUUAAAAACAAAAUGUCACUGUGGUAAAAAGCAGCUAGGCAAAGCGUGUAAAGAAGGAUGCAAGAGAAGUCGAACACCAAUAGGUUUGCCAAGGGAGUGAUCAAACACGCUGUCACACUGAAACCAUUGGAGGUUUUACAGACUAGUGUUGAUUCUCGCAGCAAUACGGGGCAAAGUGCGUUCCUUCUCUGCUAACUACGGAAGAUGCCUGAAACGAUUCUUUUUUUUAGUCAUGUUUUCAAUAUGAGAGAAAUUGUUUCUCCUGACUCUGCAAACUAGUCUUAUAUUUGGGUCAGUGUGGUAUUACCUCCGCCAAGUGCAAAUUGAGCAUUGUUCUUUGUUAGUCAGCAAUUACUAAACCAAUUUCAAUAAAACCAAGGAAGAUCACAAUACAUUUAUAUGUCGAACCUGACAAAAUGCAGACUGAGGAAUGAUGUAUUAUGGUUUUUGCUGUUGGAUUAAAAGCAACUAGAGCAGUGACCCACCAGACCAAGCAGCUGGAGCUCUUGUGACAAUUGAUUUGUAAUGCACAUUACCGCCCCCUGCAGUACUGGAAAGGAAGAGUCUCACCUGACAUGACUUCAAACUAACGCAUGUGGUGUGUGUGUUUUAAAGUUGAAAGUGUUGUAUCAUGUGGCUCAGGAAAUUCCUUACAUUUUUUAAAACCAGGUUUUCUAUAAAGGAGCAGUUUUUGUCUGACAUUUUUUAAUAAAGUGUCACAUUUGCAUAAA